UUUUUAGAAUUAUUUGUUUCGUAAACUUUAAAAUGAUUGGUUACGCUUGUGAUUGAUAUUAUGACGUAGUUAGUGGUUGCUUUCAAUUGCUGUGAUGAUAAACAAUAUGGUUAAUUUAUUAACUGUAUAUUAAUCAAACAAGAUGCACUCUACUCUGUUUAUAAUUUUUCUUUUUAUUUUCGUCAAUAAUUCAUAUGAACAUUCUAUUAAAAAAUCAGAUAAAUGGGAUUAUGUAGUACUUGCUCAACAGUGGCCUCCUGCAGUUUGUCGUAAUGAAGUAGUCAAAAAAUGUGUAAUUCCUGCUAAUGUAACAAGCUGGACUGUUCAUGGCAUUUGGCCAACUGGUAAACAUAGUGAUCCAAGGUUUUGCAAUGAUUCUUUGGGAUUUAAUGUCUCUCAAAUACAGUCUGUUGAAAGUGAACUUCUUGUUGUAUGGCCAAAUUUAUUUCCCAGUACAUCUACUUACUCAUUUUGGGCCCAUGAAUGGAAAAAACAUGGCACCUGUAUCAUUUCCAUACCUCAACUUGAUAAUGAAUUAAAAUAUUUUACAAUGGCAAUUUACCUUCAUAAUAAGUAUAAUUUUAGAAUGUUGUUAGAAAAUGGUGGUAUUCUUCCAGAUGAGAGAAAAUUCUAUGACGUAAGUAGUUUGUUAAAAACAAUAAUUUAAUGAUAUUAAAUUGGC